CAGAAUGUUACGCAGCAUAUCAUUUACGACUCUGUUCGAGUGGACGGACUUGGUGAUGGCGUCAUUCAUGAAGUUCAACUUCGCGACAGACCUGCUGUUCAGGAAGAGACGGACUCUCCAAAGGUUGCUGCGCUGCGAGCGAAGGUAGAAGAGAAAUCGCAAGAAGUGAACGCACUCAAAGAUCGUCAGAGCGUCUUGCAAAGGAGGGUGGAAGUGUUGGACAAGAUCGUUGGAGAGGUUGGCGAAAGCGUAGUGAAGCCUCCGAAGGAAGCUAAGGAGUCGUUUGCGCUUAACGCCGAAACUUUGGAAAAUCUAACCAAAUUUUAUUCCUUCUAUGACGAGAGCUCAAUGGCUGUCCGCAGCGAACAGCGCAAUGUGAACAAGAGUUUGGAGAAGGCAGAAAGGGAACUGUCAGCUCUAGAAGCCGAGCUGCGAAAUGCGGAAGCUGCUUGUUCGGUGCAUUAUUACAGCAAGUCAAUUGUUGUUACCCUUGAAAGUGAGAAAGGUGGCCAUGUAAAACUGGAGGUCACCUACCAAGUGCAUGGUGCCAGCUGGCGUCCUUCUUACGAUAUCCGUGUGGAAACUGGUGGAAAGCAAUCGUCGCUCAAGAUUACUUACUUCGGCAACAUCUCUCAGUCAACCACAGAAGAUUGGUCAAACGCAUCUUUGGUGCUUUCUACAGCUCAGCCGAGCCUAGGAGGACAUAUUCCGGAGUUGGGGGUACUUGAGGCUAUCCUCUAUCGCCCUCCUCCUCCUCCUCCGCCCCCACAACAUAUGAGGAUGAUGAAAUCUGCCUCAAUAUUCAGUUCGGCAGCAGGUACAGCUUCUUUGCGAAGCAACGCUGAGAUGGAUGCAGCUCCAAUGUAUGCGCCUAUGGCCCCUAGUUUGGCAAUGGUAGCGCCGGCUGAAGAGCAUGCUUUGAGCACAGAGUUUGUGAUAGCUAGACCAGCUGCUAUCCCCUCCGAUGGAGCGGAGCAUAAGGUGACUAUUGGAAUCAUUGAUGUGUCUCCACAACUGGUUCAUCAAUGCGUUCCAUCGAAGAAUACGAGCGCUUUUCUAACUGCAUCCGCAGUCAACACUUCACAGCUUCCUUUCCUGCCUGGUGAGGCGGCGGUUUACUUGAAUAACAGCUUCGUAUCAAAGACUUCACUGAAAAGCGUCUCUCCUGGAGAGAGAUUCUCAUGCUCACUUGGAGUUGAUACAGCUCUUCGGAUUGAGUACAAACCAGUCAAAAAGUACCAUGAGCAGGUUGGACUCAUUAACAAGACUUCUUCAACGGUGCAUGAGCAGGUCAUUGUCGUGAAAAAUUCACGUAACGACGCAGUGCUUAUCACAAUCAAGCAGCAGAUCCCUCGCAGUACUGAUGAGAAGAUCAAGGUCCGGAUGAUUGCUCCUGCAGUUCCUCAAUCUGAGGAAACCACCAAUCCAGAUCUGACAGCGGCAGCAGAGUUACCCAAAGAGGGACCAAAAAUGAAUGGAAGCAAUCUGGAGUGGACGAUUUCGGUACCAGGAGGGAAAGCCAGCGAGCUGCAUGUGAAAUGGGCUGUAGACCAUCCCAGGGAUGAAACAGUUGAAUUUGUCGAACGCCACUAACGAGGAUGUUUUCAAUAUGUCUCCCAGUGAAUCUGAUGUUUUGUUAACAAGAAUAUCAAAUCUGCUUAUUCAUGCGAAGUACUCUUGUGAUACCCUAUGUUCGUCAGUGAUAUACCGUGAUUAUGAAAUAAACGUGCCAAAUAUCUAAUCA